CCAUUUCUCACUCGACAACAUCACAGCAACACUAAUCACCUCAACACUACUACACAACUACGAGCAAGCACAAGAGCCUUGGAUAUUUAUAUCAGCAACAACUUGCCAUUCACCAAGUCCAACGUGCCCAGCCUAUCAAGACGAUGCAGUCAUAUUUUGGGGAGACGAUGGCUUCUCAAGCCUCACCAUCAGCUCACUGGAGCAAAUACUGUGAAAACCCUUACAUCAGAUCGUCUCGAGGCUCGACUACACAGCGUGUGGGUACGGCUAUGCGAGUCGUCAAGCCGUCCAGUGCCAACAACAGCCCACGAUCGUCCGCUGCCAAGUCAAGGAGAGGCACAAUCAUAAACGACUCUCAGACUUCUCAGACAGCGAGAAGGCAGCAACAAGUACUAGAAUAUCUCUCGGCGUCACAGCUAUCCCAACCGGUUCUACCAGGAAGCCAACGACGGCCUGUCAGCUGGCAUCCGUCGAUGAAUAUGCAAUCACCCCAAGACGAAUACCUACAGACUCCAUCUUUUGACUGGCUACCUUCGACUAUGCAACAUGGCCAGUACAACAACUACUAUUCAGCAUCUCAGCCAUCCCCACCAAUGGCUUACUCAAAUGGCACUUCACCAUCACCAACUUUCUCUCCGCCAUCACCGACUUAUUUUAGUGCCGAGCCCAUGACUGCCCGUCCAGUGGAUGGGUGGCAGUUGGCAGCAUGUUAUCCCAACAUGAGCGAUGAUGGAUAUGUGAUGCCAACAUUGAACAGCACUGUCGAUGCAUACAGCCUUGGAUACAUCGAGACUACUCCACCUACGCCCUCCUCUUACAUUCCCAACCAGCCAUUACCGCCAGCUGUUCCUGAAGCAGCCAUCCAGGUGCUGGAUGAACCCGAAGAGGAGGGAGAAAUCCUCAUUGGCAUGGGACUUUACGAUACACCCGGUAAAUAUGAAGAGGACCCACAUCUGAAUAACUACCGUUCUACUGUAUCGUCUCUCCUCGGAUCCUCAAUCCGACCCCGAGAGCCCACUGGCAAGGGGCUGAAGCUGGAAGAGACUUGGGAACCCCCAAAGUCUGAUGAUGAGGAAGAGGAGGAGGAGGAAGAAGAAGAAGAGGAAGAAGAGGAUAAUUAAUCGCCAGAGAGGGACACGACAUUAUGAUGCAUCACGGACACUUGACGGAUUUGAAGAAAAAGGAUAAUGACUGCUACUGUUUUUAAAGCGACGAACACUGGUGGCCACAAGGAUUUCACAGAGUUUUCUGAUGAUUGGGAGUUUUUGGUGAUUUUUUCCGCCUCGCGUUGGACGGGCUUGGAUGGCGAUAUUUGGGAUCAAGCGAAAAAUACCCCAGGACAAGGAUUGGGCAUGGGAUUUUGAGAACAGCGCAUGUACAUAGAACACAAGGCUAGUGCUCUCAGGUGGCUCACGCCAAACAAAUGAUAUGAAAGAUU